AUGUGUGUAUGUGUAUUAUCUCUGUAUCCAUGUAACCUUCUCCCUGUCUGUCCCACUCCUCCCAUAGUGAAGCAGCCCCCCACUAUAGUGAAGCAGUCAGUGAAGGACUACAUUGUGGACCCCAGAGAUAACAUCAUCAUUGAAUGCGAGGCCAAGGCCAACCCUUUGCCAAGGUUCUCCUGGCGAAGGAACGGGAAGUUUUUCAACUUCGGGAAAGAUCCCCGGGUGUCGAUGCGGAAACGCUCUGGAACCCUGGAGAUCGGUUUCCGUAGCGGAGGACGACCAGAGGACUACGAGGGAGAGUAUCAGUGUUUAGCCGACAAUGACCUGGGAAUGGCCAUUUCCAACAAAAUCCUGCUACGGGUCUCCAAGGCUCCUCUGUGGCCUAAAGAGGUGCUGGAACCAGUGAUGGUGCCUGAAGGCCACCCGCUGGUCCUCCCCUGCAACCCCCCACCGGGCCUGCCUCCUCCAUUCACCUUCUGGAUGAACAGCGCUAUGGCCCCAAUCCCUCAAGAUAAGAGAGUAUCUAUGGGUCUGAAUGGAGACCUCUACUUCUCCAACGUUUUGGCCCAAGACGCCCACACUGACUACAGCUGCAACGCUCGCUUCCUCUUCACACACACCAUCCAGCAGAAGAACCCCUUCACACUCAAAGUUCAGACAAAGGAGCAGUUUAAUGACUCAUCUUACAAUGUCUCUGACCCCUACGGUGGCCGCAGAGUAGCCGAGUCCACACCGACCUUCCUCUCACCGACGGGGAGCGAGAGUUCCAAAAUGGUGCUACGAGAUGAGCAGCUGCUGCUGGAGUGUAUCGCUGCUGGACUUCCCACACCCGCCGUCAAGUGGUUUAAGAAGGGUGGAGACCUGCCAGCACGGAAGGUGAAGUUCGAGAACUACAACAAAACCCUGAAGAUAAUCAACGUGUCAGAGGAGGAUGCUGGGGUUUAUGUAUGCAUGGCCAACAAUUAUUUAGGCAGCAUACGCCAUUCCAUCUUUGUUGAGGUCAAAGCGGCUCCUUAUUGGCUGGACAAACCAACAAAUCUGGUGCUAGCCCCGGAUGAGAAUGGGCGCCUUGUGUGUCGGGCCAAUGGCAACCCUAAACCUAACAUCCAGUGGCUGAUGAAUGGCAAUCCAAUUAACACUCCAGCCUCCGUGCCCCACCCGAGCCGUCAGAUGAUGGGCGACACCAUCAUCUUCCGCUCGGUGCAGGUGGGAAGCAGCGCCGUGUACCAGUGCAACGCCUCCAACCAGCACGGCUAUUUGCUGGCCAACGCCUUCGUCAGCAUCCUCGACAUGGCUCCGAGGAUGCUGGGCCCUAAAAACCAGCUGAUUAAAGUCAUAGAGAACAACAGAACCUUCCUGGACUGUCCCUUCUUCGGUUCCCCUCUGCCAGAGUUACGCUGGUUUAAGAAUGGACAGGGCAGCGGUCUGGAUGGGGGUCAGUACCGCGUUUACAUCAACGGCUCUCUGGAGAUCAAACGGGCCCGAGCAGAGGACGAGGGCACUUACACCUGUGUGGCCAACAGCAUCAUGGGAACGGCUGAAAACCAGGUCCGCCUGGAGGUCAAAGAACCCACUCGUAUAACCCGAGUCCCCGAGCACCGGUCAACCAUCAGAGGCUCCGUGGCUCGCUUUGAAUGUAAGGUGAAGUCUGACCCCAGCCUCCCCAUCACUGUGGCCUGGUUGAAGGAUGACAAGCCUCUCUAUCUGGGAUGGAGGAUCAAGAAGGACGAGGAGUCGCUGACCAUCCCCAACGUCAACGAGGGCGACGAGGGAACGUACACCUGCACUGUUAAAUCUGAGAUAGACGAGGACUCUGCGUCAGCCCGCCUCACUGUGUUAGAGGAAGCCUCCCUCAACCCCUCAGUCUCUAGUGCCUUGCCUCCAGACCGUCCAGACGCUCCCAUGGAUCUGGAUCUGUCAGACCCAGCAGCCCGCAGCGUUCGCCUCACCUGGAUUCCUGGAAAUGACCACAGGAGCCCCGUCACAGAGUUCUUGGUCCAGUUUGAGGAGGACCGCUGGGAGCCAGGCAGAUGGCAGAACCUGUCCACUUACCCUGGGGACCUCAACUCUGUCAUCCUGCAGCUCGCUCCCUUCAUCAACUAUCAGUUCAGGGUCAUCGCCAUCAACACAGUGGGCCAGAGUCAGCCCAGCCGACCCUCACCACGAUACCAGACCAGUGGAGCUGCCCCAGAUGCCAUUCCCAGAGGUCUACGAGGAUGGGGCUCCAAGAAGGACAACAUGGAGAUCAGCUGGGAGCCCCUGCUUGAUCUGGAGAGAAAUGGCCCCAACCUGCACUAUAAUGUUUGGUGGAGACGGAAGGAUUCAGGGGAGGAGUGGAGUAACGUCACCACAAUGGAGUCCAAACACGUCGUCCAAAACACAGACACUUAUGUGCCUUAUGAGAUCAAAAUCCAGGCCAGGAAUGAGUUUGGAUCAGGACCUGAGUCUAAUAUGGUCACUGGAUACUCUGGAGAGGACAAACCCACCGCCCCUCCCACUGACCUGCGGGUGUCAAAGGUAGACGACAUCAAAGCCAACAUCCACUGGAAGCCUGUGGACAUGAACACUAUCCAGGGAGAGUUCAAGGAGUACAGACUGUACUACUGGCGCGAGUCCAGUCUGGUUCCGGGUCUGGUGUUCAGUAAGGAAAACAAGACCAAAGGUUUCUACAGCACCAUGGCCGAGCCGUCUGGCAUCGUCACUGACCUGGUACCCUACUCGCGCUACAAGAUGCUCAUGGUUGUGGCCAACAACGGCUACGAGGGUCCACCCAGCAACAUGGUGGAAUUCACCACCAAGGAGGGAGUGCCGGAUGCUCCCAGGUUCUUCAGGAUUAAUCGGAGGACUUUUGAUUUGAUCCAGCUAGAAUGGGACAAACCUCUGGAGCCCAAUGGUCUUCUGAUUGGAUACCAGCUCAAAUACCAUACAGUCAAUGGCUCCAGGUCGGGUCGUCCCCAGCUGCAGACUUUCCUUCCAAACGUGACAGAUUUCAGCCUCCGCCUGCCGGACCGAUCUACCCGCUACAAGUUCUCUCUGUCAGCGCUCACCCAGGUGGGAGCUGGGGAGGUCUUUGCAGAGGAAUCUCCACAUUUCACCAAUGAAGAAAACUUUACUGACGCUACAGGUCUAGUUGAGCUUACCGACGCCUCUGUGGCUUCAGCUCUCACACCUACUCCUCCUCCCAUCGCUCCUCCUUCUCCUACCACCAUCGCUCCUACAACCAUUAGUACCUCGACUACUACCACUCCUACAACAACGACUCCUACCACUACUACAACUACCACUACCACUACCACUACAACCGAAGCGACCACACCUGCUGUGGUGGUCACCUUCAAACGUAUUGAUGAGAAUAAGCCGGUGGCCUCUGGGCUGGAGAUCUGGAAUCUGACGGUGGAGCCUAACAGUAACUACGCUAACGUCAGCUGGAAACACAACUUCCCGGCCGGCAGCAGCGAGUUUGUGCUAGAGUUCACACUGGACAGCAACAACUCUGUGAAAAUUGUAACGGUGAAACAACAGCCCCCCAUUACAGUGGCGGAUCUGAUCGCAGGCGCCAAGUACCAUCUGAGGGUUUACUCCCAUGAGCACAACAACAUCAGAAGCGACCCUGUCACCUUUAAGACCAAAACAGCCUACAUAGACCAGGUAGACAUAGCCACUCAAGGCUGGUUCAUCGGGCUGAUGUGUGCCAUUGCUCUCAUCAUACUGAUCCUUCUUAUCGUCUGCUUCAUCAAGAGGAGUCGUGGCGGCAAAUAUCCAGUCCGUGAUAAAAAAGAUCUCCCAUUGGACCUAGUGGAUCAGAAAGACCAGGAUGGGUCCUUUGAUUACCAAAAUGGGUCAUCUGUCCCUGACAGGAACGAAAACGAGAACAGCAGCGACGAGGACAACAAGCCUCUGCAGGGCAGCCAGACGUCGCUGGAGGGCAACGUGAAGGAAAGCGACGACAGCCUGGUGGACUACGGCGAAGGCGGCGACGGCCAGUUCAACGAGGACGGCUCUUUCAUCGGCCAGUACACGGUGAAGAAGGACAAGGACGAGACAGAGGGCAACGAGAGCUCUGAGGCCACCUCGCCUGUCAACGCCAUCUACUCCCUGGCGUAGCGCCCUAGUGGCACAUGGACGACUUGGUGGCAUCCUCUCUGAUCUGAGGGCGUUUAUGACAAACCACAACACCACACACCAGACACAAACACACACACGAAUAUAUUAAUAUAUGAAUAUAUGAAACAAGUUAAACAGAAGAAUCACAGCAGGGCCUGUCUGGAGACUAUGUAGGCUUUCCUCUGCAGAUAAGCUGGAGGAAUACAGGAGUGGAAUUAGACCACAAGCCUUUAUUUAAUGUUUCCAGCUCUUAAGAAAUUGGCCCUUCGGAGGUGACGUUUGGACAAAGUGGACAAGUGCUCGUUUUCCUAUGUGCUCUGCCUGCCCUUUACCCACACAGACUUGACGUGUGCCUUUGGGGCAGCUUUAGGCAUUUGGAGGCAUCAACAAGCGUUCUUUAGAGAUUUUGUUCUU